GUUGCAGAGCGUAAAAUCUGGAAUGCAAGGUUGCGGCGAGGAAAACGCGCAGCCCAGCUCGUGAGUAUACUGGCGGAAUCGACGGCGCCUCUUUUAUGGAUGGCUUGCAUGCGUCGACGUCAUCGUGGCCGCCAUCUUGAGGUACUGGCACGACGAGAAGCCGUAUGAACCAGAAAAACAAGAGCAACACGACAGACACGUGUGUUUUGGCCAGUGACAAAUCGAUAACAGUUAUAUAGCGCAGUGAAAAAAAAAACUGUCACCGCGUCCAAAAGCGAAACAACCUAGCACGUGUGACAGUGUGGUGCAGUGACGUAAUCUUAGCCUCCAUGCUCGGGUGCUAGCUCUCAGCUGCAUCCGUGACGUCACGCGAAAACUGUCAUGGAAGCCUCGCGUGCCUUCACUCCGACGACGUCAUCUGGUAAGGUCGGCAUUCGUACAAUAAUCCGUGCCUCUAAAAAAAAAAAAAAAAGACGCGCUAAGCAUUGACCUCUUCCCUAAUUAGAAUAAAUGCUAAACGACUCCAGCUCGUGUCCAGGUGGUACUUCGCGAGCGUUCACCACGACUGCGACGAGUGUGGGCUCUGUGUCGCGCUUUUAUAUGAGAUAGAGCCAACGCAGCGUCGUAUUUUGUAUACGAUGCAUUCCGUUUUCGAUUAUUCUUGCCACUUGUCGCCUCGGACGCCGCCGCGCCGCCAUUACCUCAUCGAUCGGGUGAUCAGAAAACUUAAAUGAAACUACGUGGCCCAGGGCGGCCGACAACGAUCAGUGACACAAAUUCCUUCCCACGGUGCUUAGCGUGACUACCCUGCUUGUGCCCGAACUGCUCAAAUCAUCCUCCACCGGGGAAGUACCAGCUUUCUCGAAAAUGGAAUCAGACCUGGGACGAACAGUUUAAGCUCCCGCAAAAAAAAAAAAAAAAAAAGGAAGAAAGAGGGGCAAGCGUUUCUCUCUGUUCUCAGAGCAAAGUUCGCGUUCGUCAUCGUUUAAUUCGAAGCGGACGUUUAAAGAAGUCCACCUGCCACCGCGCGCGUCCAGGAAGACUCGUCGGUAUACUCCAGACCUCCAACAGCUGAGCUUACGAGAAAGAGACGAUGGGCUACCUGGCGUUCCUGGACUGCGGAUGCGGCUGGGCGAGUUGCUGCAGUCAGGUGUGGCUGGUGCUGUGGCGCCACGUGUGGCUGUCGCGCAUCCGCCGCCACUACAUGGUCACGCUGCUGGAGCUGGCCGGCAUGCUGCUGCUGAUGAGCUCGGUGUGGGACGACUCCGUGGCGCCGUACCGGGCGAGACCCCACAAGGACCGGUUCUUCGACACCGCCAAGCCGACCGACUUCUGGGGCCGCCGCAACGAGUCCUGGACCCGCGGCUCGCUCGCGUUCGCGCCCGACCAGCCUUUCUUCGGCGACCUGGUCGCCAGGGUCUGCAAGGCGUUGGGACCAGACUGGAGUCCGAUGCCCUUCCAGGAGGCGGCCGAUGCAGCCCAGUUCGCCGACGAAGGCAAGGCCGAGGCUUGGCCGGUAGACGACGUGCAACGACGCGUGGCCGUGUGGUUCGAGCAGCCGGCGCCCCACCGGCUCACAUACCACGUGCGCUUCCCGGACGCCGACUUCGACCUGCGCCAGGAGCACCGGCUCAGCCUGCUGGUGCCGGGACCCGCCGACACGGAUGACUUCGACGAGAUCAGUUGAGAACGCUC